GAGAGAGAGAGAGACAGCCCGGUGGAGGAGGCCUCUGUGCGGCUGUUGCUGGGAGCUCCGGCCAAUCAAAGCGGCGGCAGCGCUCCCGUACAAGUAGUUUGGGGGCUGGAGGAGCAUGACAUCAUGCACAGCUCCAACCCUCUCCGCGAAAACAAAGCGUGAAACAGCCUCAUCACACCACAGCAGACCGCGGCCGACGACGGGACCGUUCCGCACUGUGACAUCCCCACCUCCGUCCGUCAGAAACACCGCGCUGGUCGCCCCCCCGCUGUGCGCCGCGGAGUCUGGGGAGGGGCGUCCGUCUUGUCCGUCCGGGCAAUGGCGGAUGGGGAGGCCACCGUGUCUGUGGAGCGGGACAGCGGUGAUGGGGGCUCAGCGGAGUAACAUCCCACCUCUGCACCUCAUCCUUUUCUCUGUGUAGCUUGGUAUUCAGCCGUCGCCAUGGAUCCAGAGAAAACGUUGACUUUCUGCCUCGGGCUGAAGGCGGAGGAGAUGACCAUGUCCCUGCAGGGGCUGCAUGUGACUGAAGCUGCUACGGUGGCGGUUCCUCAGAAGGAAGCUGACAUGCGCACAGUUAAUAAGGUGGUAAAGCAUCAGGGGGGUUCUGGUAGCCGGCCUGUUGUCAGCCCCAAGUACUGUCCUGGGGUGAACAAUCCAGGUUACCUGUGUGAAACUGGGCACUGCUGCGGAGAGACGGGCUGCUGUACCUACUACUAUGAACUCUGGUGGUUCUGGCUGCUGUGGACGGUGCUGAUCCUCUUUAGCUGUUUCUGUGCUUAUCGCCACCGCCGGGCCAAGAUGAGGAUCCAACAGCAGCAGAGACAGAGGGAGAUCAAUCUGAUCGCCUACAAUGGGGCCUGCAACUACCCUUCCUCAAUGCUGGACCUCAGUUUUCUGGCUUCCUUCAAGCUGCCCUCCUAUGAGGAGGUGGCGGCACAGCCAAGCACCCCUCCUCCGCCUUACAGCUCCGUCUUCGCCCUGCAGGGAGGUGCCAUGGGAGGUCCUAGCUCCGCCUACCCCCACCACCACCACCACCGUCACCCCUGCCCUCCCUAUCUGGGCCCCGGGCCAAGUGCCCUGACCUCCUCCCAGAGCUCUGACAACUACACGAGCUGCUCCUGCGAGUCGUGCUCUCUCACCUCCCCCUGCAGCACCUCCUUCUCUGUCCAGGUAACAGACGAAACAUACGACAGCAGCCACAUCUCCACGCCCAGUGAGGCAGGGGGCGACUGUGUCGCCCUGCCGAGGGGUCUGGCCCGCUUCACCGCGACACCUUCCCCGCCGCCGCCGGCACAGGUUCCGCCCGAUGUCGUACCCGCGGUGACUCCUGAUGUCAUACCCGUACAGAGACGGCCCUCAAGUGGCAGCGAGGGAGUCUCACCCUUGGCUCCACCACUCUCUCUUCCUUUACACUCUCGUCCCCCACACCCCUCUCGCCUCCCUCUCUCCCCUCUCAUUCUGUUGUCCUCCCUCCCUCCUGGUCAGAUCCAUCCUCUCGUCCUAUCGGACCCUCUCGGAGCGGUGGCCGUCCAGAAAGAGCAAGAAGGAGAGGCCUCGCUCUGUGGUCCCAUCCCCAGAUCCGCUCUGUCUCCCCCAAAACAAGCUCUCUUCCCCUCCAACGUGGCAGUUUUCGUGCAUUGCGACAACAAAGAGGAGCACAAAAAAGAUGAGGAGGAAGAGGAAGAAGACGACGAGGAGGAGGACCACUUCCGGCAUCGACGGCUGACGGGCGACUCGGGAAUCGAGGUGUGCCGCUGCCACGUGAAGAGAGAGGAGCGAGAGGAAGAGGAACUGCAGAAGGGGCCUUUUGGUAAAGGAAGGAAAGAGGCUGCGAAGGAGGCGGAGAGGGUAGACGUGCUGCACGACAGCGUGGACUGUUCCCUCCGAGCGAAGAUCGCCGCUCAUUCGCCACUCCUGGACGACUCCUCGUCCUCCGGCAUCAUCCAGAAGACAGGCGAGGCCAUCAUCACUGUGGAGUCCUCGUAAGCUGGCGGCAAGGGCGAUGUAAUCAGUGGCAACAGUGAGAUGCUAAUGCUUGAUAGCAUCCACGUAGAUCAAGACGAGUAGGUGAAAAGCUGAAUCACUGAAGGAAAAGUCUUGUAGGUCUUCAAAACAAAGAGGAAUGCAUCCUCUUGGUUUUUUUUUUCCUCUGUCUCUUCUAACUCCAAGAUAAGCUGACACCUGAAAGUCCUAUUUUGUAGUUCAUUUAUUUGUGAUUCAGGAGAAGGCAUAUCUUUUUCUCUAGAGUGAUGAAAAUGCUAACGAGUUUCUCAUCCUCUUCCAUCUUCCCACAUGCUAACCAAAUCUGUUUCUCCCCACAAACCCUCUCCCGUUUACUUCUGAUCUCUCCUUUCGCUGUCUGCAUGACGCAACAUUGCUGAAAUAGCAUUUUAGCUCUUGAAAUGAAUUUUCCUUAUAGCCAGUGGUUCCCAACCUGGGGGAAAGGACCCGUCUGAGGAUUCAGAGUUAAAUGAUUAACUUAACAAUCAUAUGCUUAUUUUUUUUUUGAUGUUUCUCUAAUCUAGUUAUGGAUUGUAUGACCUCUCUGGACACUCAAAUGAAACAAUCUGAUCAUCUGAGAGGUGGAAAUCGAUCUUUGGGGGAUCUGUUCACACGGCGUCGACAUAUGCAAUGCGUGAUGGGGUCACAUCAGUAUAUCCUUUCGUUUUAAAGGGUCACGCCGCAACAAGGUUGGGAACCACCACCUGAUUUAGCAUUAACAAGAAUCACAAAUGACCAUGACUGUUUAUCAUUAACUGACAUCCUCUUGAAGUGAAAAAAAUAAAUACAUACACACACAAACACACACACAUAUAUAUAUAUAUAGUAAGAUUGCUGAACAAUUCAUUUUCAAAAGAGCAGCUCAAACAAACUGUGCGUGGAUCACUUUAUUUACUUUUUAACUUUUGAAAAGGGAUUACAGCUCCAUGGUUGGAGGUCACAGGACUAACCUGUGACCUUCUUGAUGUUGUGGGGUGAAUUUUUGCUUUCACCAGCCUACUUCUCUCUGUUCAUCAGAGGGAAUCAUGAGAAAAAGGCAACUACUGUAAGUGUGUUUUAUACAUUGUGUCUUACGUUGCUCCCUACAGAAAAGGGGGUGCAAACACUGAUUAAAACGUGUAGGUGGCAAAGCUUUACGAUGGAGUGAUGAUUACACGUUGUUGUAUCAGAUUGUUACAUGAUUAUGCUGUUUAAUUAACUGACUGUUUGACUCUGGAUUUAUGGUGUCUGAACACACUCCCUGGUUGGUUGUUGCCAUUUUUUUUUUUUUUGCAAGGCAAUGUAAAUCUUGAUUCCUUCACGGACGGACUGUUGAGUUUUUACGAGGCAGAAACUUUAAGCCUAAUCUCAUCACUGAUAAUGAAUGUAAAAGGUUAUGCAUUGCAGCAACAAAAUAUAUAUAUAUAUAUGCAGCA